AAGCAAUAUGGUGACUAUUGACAGGUUGGCAGUCUGCUUGUGUGUUUCAGAAGUUCAAGAGACACGUGUUUACUGAACAAUCGAAUUAUUGUAAGAUAUUUGAAAGAGACGGCAACUUAUCCGUUUGAAACCAACUCUUCUAAAGUUGUGUUGGGAGACAUUAUGAGGGGUGUUGAGAAUGUCAGCCUACGGAGCAGCGGCAUAUAGUCUUCGCAGUCGGCGCAAAGGCAAUGACAAAAUAAUGGUUCCACGUGUCACUUCAAUGACUUCCCAAGACGACGGCGUGGAACUUCGGGAUUUUUCUGAAUCCGCAUCCAAUCAGAGGCAAAAAAACCAGACUAAGACGGACAGGGCAGAAAUACACAAUAACAUAUCGCUACUACCAAAUGGAGACACAAUUGUGAGGACCUCUCACGGCACCCAGUUGGGAGAUUCCGACAAUGACGACAUUACAACCAGCCUUACAGCACCACUGCUUGAUGGUGGGGAUGACGAUGAUGAUGGUGAUGGCGCCACCACAGCAAGGACUUCUGUCGUUGAUGACAGGUCAGAGGAGAAAUGCUGGAGCAUUGCUUUCCAGGUGGCGCUCCCAUAUAUCAUAGCAGGAUUCGGGACAGUGGGAGCAGGCAUGGUGCUUGACAUUGUACAGCACUGGGAGGUGUUCCGGAAGGUGUCGGAAGUAUUUAUCCUCGUCCCAUCCCUACUGGGCCUGAAGGGCAACCUGGAGAUGACGCUGGCUUCACGGCUGUCCACACAGGCCAACCUUGGCAAUAUGGAGAAGCGCUCUGAGAAGUUAAAAAUGAUUGGCGGCAAUAUGGCGCUUGUACAGGCCCAAGCAAUAGUUGUGGGUUUCCUGGCAUCCAUGGCUGCUAUGGUGUUUGGAUGGAUACCUGAAGGGAAGUUUGAUAUUCAGCACGGCCUUCUCCUGUGUGCUAGCAGUAUAUUCACAGCUUCAGUAGCCAGCUUGAUAUUAGGUGCAAUAAUGGUAGGUGUAGUGUUGAUGUCCCGCAAGUUGCGCAUCAACCCUGACAACGUGGCCACGCCCAUAGCAGCGAGUCUGGGUGACCUGACAACACUGUCCCUGCUGGCUGGAGUUAGUACGCUGCUGUACGAGGCAAUAGGAAAACAGCACUGGCUGGCUCCAACUAUUAUAGUAUUUUUCCUCUUGCUGAUACCUCUGUGGGUUGUGAUAUGUAUAAAAAAUAGGUAUGUGAAUGAUGUGAUCUACUCCGGCUGGCUUCCUGUAGUCAGCGCCAUGACGAUCAGCAGCUUUGGAGGAUUGAUUUUAGAUUAUACAGUGUCAACAUAUGAUGGGAUAGCUGUCUUCCAACCUGUCAUCAAUGGUGUGGGUGGUAACCUAGUUGCAGUACAAGCCAGUCGUAUAUCUACAUACCUUCAUAAAAACUGUGUUAUGGGGGAGUUGCCGGAGGGUGCACCUCAUGGCUGUCCAAGCCCUUUCUCAACUUUCUUCGGCAGUAGUACCAACUCAAAGGCAGCCAGAGUGUUGAUGAUGCUGGUGGUCCCUGGCCACCUGAUCUUCAUCUAUGCCAUCUUCUAUAUGAAGGCAGGUCAUACAUCGCUCACCAUCAUCUUCGAUGUCAUCUACUUGACAGCAGCAGUCCUUCAGGUGAUAUUUCUACUGUACAUUGCCAACUGGAUGGUGCACUUCAUCUGGAGAAAGGGGGAAGACCCAGACAAUAUUGCCAUCCCAUACCUCACAGCUCUGGGCGACCUCCUCGGAACGGGUUUCCUUGCCAUAGCUUUCCAUAUUCUUUUUCUCAUUGGAGACAGGGAUGCUGAUGUUGGGGAAUAGAGUGACCUCCCUUGACUAGUGUCUUCCCAAGCUCCUCACAGCGAUAGUACGUUCCCGGAGCUCUCUAUACUAUCGCUGCCACCAGUCAAAACUCCCCACUGUGAAUAGGUGGCCACAACCA